AUGAGCGAUAACAUUCUCAAGGAUCUCCUUGCCAUCACAUCACAAGACAAGUUCCUAAAUGAGAAGCUCCAACAGAUUUCAAAUGAUUUCCCAGACUAUAUUGAGAAUAAUUCUCUUUACAAUUUGCCGAUCAAAUAUUUAGUCGAGAUUGUAAAGGAUGCGCAGCCAAUUACAACAGAAAAAGCUAAAACAUUCAUGCAGAAAUCCGAAGAAGCAUACAAUUCCGAAAAUGUUCUUCUUUUGAAAGAAUUAAAGAUUUCCGAUGCCAAAACUAACGAUUAUCUCGAACUCAUGGAGUAUGUUCCAGAUAGUCCAUUCUUUGAAGCAGUUUCAGGCAAGUUACAGCAGAAGAAGAUCAAAACUCGCUCUUUGAAAGAAAAAAUCUUUGACUUCGAGAACGAGAAGGUACAAGCAAUUCCAAAGGCCGCUAAAAUUGAUGUCAGUGCCAACUCAUUACCAGUACAGCCAUCACAUGAUUCCUCAGACAUAAUUCAAGCAGUUUUCAGAGGCGAUCUGAAGACAGUUGAGAACUUAAUAAACGAUGAUCCAGCACUCAUCGAGAAGACAGAAUCCGAUGGCGCCACUCCUCUCUACUUUGCGGCUCAAGAAGGUUAUCUUGAUAUCGUAAAACUCCUUGUCCGCAAGAAAGCAAACAUCGAAGCUCACACAGCAAGGGGAGCUACACCAAUCUACAUCGCUUCCCAGAAAGGACAUGCAGAAGUUGUUGAAUUUCUCGCAGAAUCAAACGCAAACAUCGAAGCAGUUACGAAAGACGGAUCAACACCACUCUACAUAGCUUGCCAGAAUGGCAAUACAUCUACUGUACGUUCCCUCAUCGCUCACGGAGCUAAUACAGAAUGCAAAUUUGGAGCUGGAGCCACUCCAUUGUACAUUGCUGCCCAGAAUGGUCGUAAUGAAGUUGUCUCCAUUCUCUCCGAGAAGGCAAAUAUCGAGGCUUCCCUUUCCAAUGGCUCAACUCCACUUUCAAUCGCCUGCCAGAACGGACAUGUCCAAGUUGCUAAGAAGUUAAUAGACAGAGGUGCCGAUGUAAAUGCUAUUACAAAGAACGGAGCCACUCCUCUUUACCUCGCAUGUCAAAAUGGACAUCGCGAUGUCGUCAGUUUGUUGUUAGAUAACCACGCUGAUGUUGAAAAAGAUCCGAAAUCACUGUUCAUCGCUUCUUACAGAGGUUAUUCCGAUAUCGUUGAAAUGCUAGUUCAAUCAGGUGCCAAAUUAGAUGAAGUUUGCACCGAUGGAGCAACACCGUUAUACGUUUCCGCUCAAAACGGUUAUAUCAAUAUCGUUAAAAUCCUUGUUGAAGGCGGCGCUGACACAGAGAAGAAGUUCAAGAGUGGUGCAACACCUCUUUUAGUUGCAUCUCAAAAUGGCUUCAUGGAUAUUGUUGUCUUCCUCGUGGAGAAGAAGGCAAACAUCAACGCUACAACAGAAAGUGGAAUCUCUGUAAGAAAGAUUGGAAAGACAAAGGAAAUAAGAGAAUACUUGAGAUCAAAGGGUGCAACAAAAUAA